AUGAAAAUAACAUCAAUAUUUUUUCUCACAUUAUUGCUGGCGUUGUCGGCGUUUUCCUUGCCUUUUGACCAAAAUGAGGACGAUGAAUGGAACGCUUACAAGAGUAAAUAUGGGAAAAAUUACACAACAAAGGAGGAAGACCAGUUAAGGAAAAAUAUAUAUUUUGAUAAUAAGCUCCGCAUCGUAAAACAUAAUGCUUUGCAUGCUAACGGUAUUAAGACAUACAAACUAGGAAUAAAUAAAUUUGCAGAUUUGACUUCUACAGAGUUCAGAAAGUUUAUGAAGGGUUACAAAGGAGAGAAAAAAGUAAUAGGUGAGCUUUACACUCCCCCAUCAAACGAAAAUUUGCCAAGCAGUGUGGAUUGGAGACAAAAAGGUGCAGUCACACCUAUCAAGAAUCAAGGACAGUGUGGUUCCUGUUGGGCGUUCUCUACUACUGGCUCCAUCGAAGGUCAACAUUUCUUGAAAACUGGAAAACUUGUAUCCCUUAGUGAACAGAACUUGAUGGAUUGCUCCACAGCAGAAGGAAACGAAUCAUGUGGUGGCGGCUGGAUGGAUCAGGCUUUUGAAUAUGUUAAGAAAAAUAAUGGAAUCGACACUGAAAAAACCUAUCCCUACAAAGCAGAGGACAGCUCAACGUGUAAAUUUAAUAAGGCGAAUGUUGGAGCCACGAUCACUGGAUACAAAGAUAUUGAGAGUGGCAGUGAGUCAGCUCUACAAUCAGCAGUAGCCAACGUUGGACCAAUAUCUGUGGCAAUUGAUGCCAGCUCCUUUGAUUUCCAGCUCUACUCCUCAGGAGUCUACUAUGAGGAAGAUUGCAGUUCUGAAGAUCUGGAUCAUGGUGUCCUCGCAGUUGGUUACGGUUCCGAUAACGGCAAAGACUACUGGCUGGUGAAGAACUCCUGGGGUGAAGAUUGGGGUAUCGAUGGCUACAUCAAAAUGACAAGAAACAAGAAAAACAACUGUGGCAUUGCUACAAAGGCUAGCUACCCAUUGGUCUAA